CACCGAUCACUAAAGCCAAACAACCCGUCCUGUCCUAAAUCCUAAUCACAAAUGACUAUGGACUCUAUGCUGUGCUCAGAAAUUUCCGAUUGUUCGGGGACUUCGGGCUGCUUUUAGUUCCCGCUCUCAACUUUCUGUGAUUUUAACCUUCGAAAUUUAUUCUCUAAUACCUCCAAUUUCACUUAUCUUUCCUCUCCCAGAUUCAUCUUCAACUCUGCCACCUCUGCACUACAAGUCCCUGUAGUAUGAUUCCUGCUAUGCACACCAUCUGUUCGAUGUAAAUUCUCUUUUAAAAAAGAAUAAUCAUCUCCCAUUUUAUUUCUUAAAUUAUUUAUUCUUCUCGUAAAUUUGAGAGUAGGAUAGUAGUAUUGUUGACAAGGUUAGAUUUAUUAUGAUGGCUUUGAGGAAGAAAUCAUAUUUAUGGAUAAAUGUUUUGGGAGAGUGGGGUGGGCUUCGUUUUUACAGUUCUAAAUUCGACUUGAAGAAGCUGAGACCCAUGAUUCUUAAGAGAAUUGAAAAUCGUGCCAAGGACUAUCCGGUUCGAGGCAUGGUCCCUGUUGCACUGGAAGUUCUUAAAGCCAGAGCUCUAUUGAUUCAAGGCAUCUCCACCCUUAUGAAACUUGUUCCUGUUCAGGCUUGCAAGUUCUGUCCAGAAGUAUAUAUUGGAGAGAAAGGUCACUUGAUUCAAACUUGUCAUGGUUACAGGCGCCGAGCCAAGAAUCGGGUUCAUGAAUGGGUCAGUGGUGGUUUGAAUGAUGUACUUGUUCCAGUGGAAACAUUUCACCUGCAGAGAAUGUUUCAACCUGUGAUACAGCACAACCAACGGUUUGAUUUUGAUCGUGUUCCUGCUGUUGUUGAGCUAUGCUGGCAGGCAGGGGCUGACCCCAACGAUGAAGAUUUCCACACCAGUGCUGGUAACUCUGAUCGUCCCAUUAGAGGGGUUAAUGAAGUAGAGUCUUUAUCACCCGAAGAUCUGUCAUUGAUAGCCAAUGGAACCUUAAAGGCAUGGGAGACAGUUAGAUCUGGUGUUGAGAGAUUGUUGUUGGUUUACCCAGCAAAAGUUUGUAAGCAUUGCUCAGAAGUUCAUGUUGGGCCGUCUGGGCACAAGGCUCGGCUCUGUGGAGUGUUUAAAUAUGAAAGCUGGCGAGGAACGCACUUUUGGAAGAAGGCAGAAGUAGAUGAUUUGGUGCCUCUGAAGAUUGUUUGGCGGCGACGGCCUCAGGAUCCCCCUGUACUUUUGAAUGAGGGACGGGACUACUAUGGGCAUGCACCAGCAGUGGUGGAUCUAUGCACACAGGCUGGUGCAAUUAUUCCAGCUAAGUAUUUUUGUAUGAUGAAAGUGAAAGGUCUACCAGCAACUGUUUGAUUUAAUUCACGCCAUCUGCAAGUUGCUUCUCAAGGGGGUUGAGUUGAUCUGAUGCAUUUUAAUUUUCAGAUCACUUACUGCCACCUCAAUUGAGCAGAGCUUUAUUCACUUCCAUAUCCGCAUUUUUGAUAAUUUAUCUGGUAUAUCUCUGGAUGAAUCUUGCCUCUGUUAGCUAGAAAUUUUGUUAGCAAAUUUAACAUUCUUUAUCUGAAUAAAUUCAUUCAGGGAUGAAACAAUAUAAAGUAAUGAUUUUAUGUCUACAUCUUGGCUAAUAAUAUUGCAUGGCUAGUGCAUUAACCCUGUUUUUGACCCUUGAGUUGAGAUCCUAAGAUAGUGUUUCUCUCUCUCUCUCUCUCUCCAUCCUUCUGUG